GUCUGGGGAAUGUAAACAAAGCCUCGACGGCGUGCAUUGGGGCCGAAGGUGGAGGAAGAGAGCCCAUUUUCCAUAUAUAAGGCCAUUAUCUCCUCUAUUUAAGCAUGGCGGAGGCUCAGUCAGGGCACGAGGCCACGGAGGAGGAUGCCACGGAGCUACAAUUCCCUAAAGGUCCGGGGUCUGCACCGUCCGGGGCGGGGUCAGGGUCAGGGCAGUGCCGGGCGUGCCAGGCGGGUCUGCAGGAGCCCUUCGUGCGGUGCCCCGCGUGCCCCGGCUGCCCCGCCCUGUGCCUGAGCUGCUUCUCCCGUGGGGCAGAGUUCCCGGGGCACCGCAAUGACCACCCAUAUGCUGUGAUUGGCCGCUGCUGCCCCGUGGGGGAGGGCUGGGGCGGGGCAGAGGAGCUGGCGCUGCUGGGGGCCGUGGGGGACUGUGGCCUGGGGGACUGGGCCGGGGUCAGCGCCAGGGUGCGGGGCCGGGGCGCUGGAGAGUGCCGGGGCCACUACACGCGCUGCUACGUGGAGCAGCCGCCCCCACCGCUGGCCGGGCUGCUGGGGCAGCAGGGCGGGGCAAGUGCAGAGCAAGAGGCAGACCCUGUGGAGUAUGUUGGGGGCAUGGAGCACCCGCCACGCCCCGCCCCAGGCACAGCAGCAGCAGUGGAGGUUGCGGGGUACAACGCGGCGCGGGGCGACUUUGAGACGGAGUGGGACAGUGGGGCGGAGGCCUGGGUGUCCAGCCUGGACCCGGGGCUGUUUGACGGGGCCGAGGAGGACUGCCCCGGUGCAGCGCUGGUGGCGGCACUGCUGGAUGGAUACCGACGGCGGCUGGCGGGGCGACACGAGACCAAGCGGGUCAUGAGAAAUCUGGGGCUGGUGACCCCAGGGUGGGUGCCCCCCACCCUGGCCCGCCUGCGCCAUGACCUGCCCCGCCCUCUGUGGGAUGCGCUGCCCCGGCUCGCUGCGCUGCUGGACCCAGAGGAGUUGGCGGGACUGGCGGCAGGGUGGCAGCUGGCCCGGGAGCUGCGGCGGCAGGUGGACCAGCUGCGUGAGUGGCGGCGGGCAGGGCUGCGGCGGCCCGGGGCGGCGGCCACCUACCAGGCCCUGCUGCAGCGCCGCCUGGCUGCCCGCCGUGCCCGCCAGGCCCUGCCCCUGCCCACAGGCCUGGCCCCAGUGCCGGCCGCCCCAGGGGAGGCGCGGCGGCGGCAGCGGCUGCCCCUCUACAUCAGGGCCAUGCCGGGGUACGACAGCCUGGCGGAGGCGGAGGCGGCCCUGGCGUCGGAGCUGCGGCUCAGCCCCGAGGCCUUCCUGCACCACAAGCGCCUGCUGGUGGCGGAGAGUGCCCGGGGCGGCCUCAGGCUGGCUCAGGCGCGCACGCUGCUCAAGAUUGACGUCAACAAGACACGACGCAUCUUUGACCUGCUGGCCGCCCAGGGGGACAUACACCCCGCCCACGGUCCUGCCCCACCCCGCCCCCGCCGCCCCAGGACACAGCCGCCGCCACACACCACCUAACACACCACCACCACCACCACCACCUCAAGUGUUUUGCAUCAAUAAAGUGAUUUACUAAGAA